AUGCUCCAGUACUGCCGCUUCCCGCUGCCCGCCCCGGACGAGGCGGUGACGUGCGUCGCGCCGCACGACGACGCCGUCGCCGUCGGCAGCAGCACGGGCACGCUGCGCCUCCUCGACGGCCUCGAGGGCUCGACGGGGAGCGGCGUCGAGAUCCGCGCGCACGGCGCCGCCGUGCGCGGCAUCUCCUGGGACGCGAGCGGCCACUUCGUCGCGUCCUGCGCCGACGACGGCACGUGCGGCGUGCACGGGAGAAGAGCGGGCGCGUCGUCGACGGCCGCGGGCGAGUGGGAGGCCGUCGACGCGCAGCACCACGCGACGCCCCUGCGCUGCGUGGCGCUGGACCCGCGCUACGCGAGCCGGCGCGAGCGGGUCUUCAUCACCGGCGCGUCGUCCGGCGACGUGAGCCGCCAGUGCCGGGGCUGGCUAGGGGGAUCGAAGAAGACGAGCCUCGACGACGCGAAGUCGCCCGUGGCCGCGCUGAGAUGGGGCGGGGCCUGGGUCGCCUGGGCCGCCGACGACGGCGUCAAGACCAUGCACGCCGACUCCGGGAGCCCCGCGGCCCACGUGAAACCGCCCGAGACGGAGUUCGCCGGCGCGCGCGCUCCCGUGCUCUUCUGGGAGGGCAGCUCGCUCUGGAUCGGCUGGGCCGACGUCGUGCUGCGGGUCGACAUGACCGUCGAGGGCGACGCGAGCGACGAGUUCGGCGCCCACGUCCAAUGCGCGGGCGCCGUGGCGCUGUCCGCGCGCGCGGACGUCGUGCUCUGCGGUUUGGCGCCCUUCGACCGCGACCACGUCGCCGUCCUGGGCUUCGUCAUGGACGACGAGUCCGACGGCGACGAGGACCGCAAGGGCGAGGGCGCGUCGCCGCGGCCGGAGGUGCAGCUGCUGCGGCGCGACGACGCGGCCGUCGUCGGGAAGCCCGAGGCGCUCCCCGUCGCGGGCUUCGAGGCCUGCGGCGCGGGCGACUACCAGCUCGCGUCGACCUACGACGUCGCCUGCGCCGCCGGGACCUGGCGGCGCCAGGACUUUUCCCUCCUCGAGGACGGCCGCGCGCGCGACUUCUCCGGCGAGAACGCGGCGAAGGCCGGCCGGCUCAUGCGCGGGUCGCCGCCCGUGCUCUACGUCGUGUCGCCGCGGGACGUCGUCCUCGCGCGCGUCCGCGACGUCGACGACCAGAUCGAGCUCUGCCUGAAGCGGGGCGACGACGCGGGCUUCCGCGACGCGUUAGCCAUCGCGAACGCGUUCCCGGCGUCCGUGCGGCGCCACCGGCUCCCGGACCUCGUCAAGGCGCAUCUGGACGCGCUGCUGGACGCGGGCCAGGCCGAGGCGGCGGCGGCGGCGUGCCCCCAGUUCCUGGGGGCGUCGGCGACGCUCUGGGAGUACUGGAUCUUCGUCUUCGACCGCCGCGGCGCGCUCGCGCGGCUCGCGCCGCGCAUCCCGACGGCGGAGCCGCGCCUCGCGCCGAGCGUCUACGACAUGGUGCUGGAACGCCUGUUGGAGACGGACCCGCCGGCGCUCCUGGCGGCCGUGAAGCGCUGGGGCCACCCGAAAGUAUUCGAGGGAGAGUCGCUCUACUCGCUCGACGCCUUGAUGGUCCGCGUCGACGCGCGCGCGAAGCGCGACGCGGGGCGCCGCCGGGGCGACGGCUCGCCGCGGCGGCGGGCCGCCGUCGCGGAGACGGUCGCGGAGCUCUACGUGCUCGACGGCCAGGCGCGGCGCGGCCUCGACUGCCUCCUCGCGCUCGACCCGUCGGCGGUGACGGAGUCGUCGGCCGUCUUCGACCUCGUCGAGGCGCAGCGCCUGUACGAGGACGUGCGCGACCGCGUCGCGACGCUCCGCGCCUUCUCGGAGGAGCGGGCCGCGGAUCUGCUCGUGAAGCACGUCGACGAGUUCCCGCUGGGCGACGUCGACGACCAGCUCGCGCGGGAAGAGGACGGCGGCGCCGCGCGGCUCUGGUACCUGCGGACGUGCUUUGCGCGGCUGCCGGAUCUCUACGCGUCGGCGGACCACCGCGCGCGCCACGGGGACCACGCGCGGCUCUACGCGCGGCUCGGUCCCGUCCCCGACGCCGCGUCGGCCGGUCCGCGCGCGGACUACGACAGCGAGAUGCUCCGUUUUCUACGGUGGAGCUCCUUCGUGCCGUUGACCGAGGCCUACGACGCCUGCGCCGCGCAGGAGGCGCCGCUCUACGACGAGAUGGUCUGGGUGUUGGGCAAGACGGGCAAGACGGCCGAGGCGCUCGCGCUGCUCCUCGACAAGAUCGGCUCCGUGAAGCGCGCCGUGCGCUUCGUCGAGGCACACGACCGGAGCUUGUGGUCCACGCUCAUCCGCCACGCGCUCCGCGACGCGCGGUUCCUCGGGGAGCUCCUCGACGACGCCGGAUCGUCGUCGCUCGACGUCGGCGCGCUGCUCCACCAGAUCCCCGAGGGCACGCGGGUCCCGGGCCUCCGGGACAAGCUCGCGAAUGUGUUUCAGGACCGGCGCCACGAUGCGGCGAUCCACGCGGCGGCGCGCGACUGUGCGAAGAACGACUGCCUGCUGCUCUCGCGGAAGGCCGUCAAGCAGCGCCAGCGCGGCAUCUACUGCGAGCCGCCCCACGAGAUCCGCGACGGGAAGAUCGUCAUAAUCACAAUGAUGAAGUUUUCGUUGCAUAUAGCGCCGGGGUCAUCGUCCGGCUCUCAGCGCGCGCAGCCUCUUCCGCCGUCGGGUCGUGCCAUCAUGUCGGUGCUCAAGCAGCCGCUCGUGCCGCAGCGCCAGCGCGCGACGCCGCGGCGCCUGACCACCGAACCCGCGAAAGGCGGGAAGGAGCUCGCGGAGAGCAAGGCCGCGCUUCGCCGCGUCGGGCUCGAGAUCGCCGCCUUGCGCCAGCGCAAGCAGCCGGCGAACGGCACGCCGGCCGCGCAGCUGGACGCGUUGAUGCAGUCCUACUACGCGAAGGCGCGCCACCUCAUCGACCUCAUCGCGCCGGACCUGUUCAAGUCCGACGACGACCUCUUCAAGGAGUUCAACAACAUGGACGCGGUCGAGGCGGCCGUCCUCGAGGUCCAGGAGGAGAGCCUCAAGGUCCUCCGCGGCGAGGUGUCCUUCGGCGAGGCCGCGCAGACGACGGCGCUGGCGUCGCUGGCGUCGAGCCGCGGCGCGUCGCUGCCCGAUUUGGUGAAGGAGUUCGAACACCACCUCUCCAUCGUCAUCGAGGACCGGCGCGAGCGCGCGCGCUACGACCAGCACGUGCUGAAGAACGGCCGCACGGGCGUCGACACGACCACGGGGAAGCGGCGGCACCUCUCCGGCGACGAGAUCCAGGCCGAGCGCGAGCGCCAGAAGAAGUACUGCGCCGACGUCGCGUCCGGCGAGCGCGUCCCGCUCAAGUACGACGAGGACGAGCACGUCGAGUCGCUCAUCGCGCUGCAGGAAAAGCGGCGUGCCAUCGCCGACUCGAAGCGCGUCCUCCACGCGGCGCGCGUCGAGGAGAGCCACGACGCGACGGUCGACGUGCCGCCGGGCAUCGAGCGCAGGACCGAGGGCCGCUACGCCAUCCGUGGCCACAUCGCCCUCGAGGCCGGCGCGGACUUCGACAACACGCCCUCGGCGGACCUCGCCACCGUCGUCGCGCGCCUGGAGCAGGCGCGCGCGCUCGCCGGCAUGAAGGAGCGCACGCCGCCGACGCUGCCCGUGGGCGUCGCGAAGCGCGAGGACGGCAAGUUCUCUACGUACUUCCGACAUGCGUCCGGCCAGGUCUCCCUGCGCUCCUUCGGCCGCGUGGUCCACUACGACACCGCCGAAGAGGCCGCCGCGGCCCUCGCGGAGUUCCGCGCGGCGUCCGCGGAGGAUCAGAAGGCGAUGGCCAAGGAGCGCCUCGAGGACCACGAGGAGACGUGCACGGUCUGCCCCGCGCCGACCCUGUAA